AUGCAGAAGGAUGAAUGCAUCCUAGUGGAUGAGCAGGACAGCAUCAUCGGCAGUGCGAACAAGUACACCUCACAUAUGUUCACGAAAGAGCAGCCGCAGGGCUUGCUGCAUCGUGCGUUCAGCGUGUUCCUGUUCAACCAGGACAACAAGCUGUUGCUGCAGCAACGUGCUCUGUCAAAGAUCACCUUCCCAGGCGUCUGGACAAACACGUGUUGUUCUCACCCUCUGCAUGGCUACUCGCCGACUGAAGUGGAUCAGCCAGAGGACGUUGCAAACGGAUCUGUGAUGGGUGCAAAGCGUGCGGCAGUGCGCAAGCUGGAGCAUGAGCUGGGCAUAGCGCCACAGCAGGUCCCCUUGAGCGACUUCAAAUUCUUGACGAGGCUGCACUAUUGCGCAGCGGACACAGACACUUAUGGUCCAGAUGCAGAGUGGGGAGAGCACGAGGUGGAUUACAUCCUUUUCAUCAAGGCAGCAGUGGACUUGAAGCCCAAUCCUGAUGAGGUGGAGGCGACCAAGUAUGUGACACUGCCUGAGCUCAAGGAGAUGAUGGUUCCCAGCAGUGAGCUGCGAUGGUCGCCUUGGUUCCGGAUCAUUGCUGCAAACUUCCUGGAGGAGUGGUGGUACAAUCUGGAUGCUGCAGUCAGCACAGAUGCCUUCCUUGACGUGCAGUCAGUCCACAGAAUCCUAUGA